CCGGGGCCAGGACAGGAAGCCGUGUGCCUGAGCAGGGGAGCGUGGCAGGCGCGGCGGCUCAGCUGUGAGCAUCUCACACCAUGGCAGUUCCUGAGACCCGUCCCAACCACACUAUUUAUAUCAACAAUCUCAAUGAGAAGAUCAAGAAGGAUGAGCUCAAGAAGUCCCUGUAUGCCAUCUUCUCCCAGUUUGGCCAGAUCCUGGAUAUUCUGGUGUCUCGGAGCCUGAAGAUGAGGGGCCAGGCCUUUGUCAUCUUCAAGGAGGUCAGCAGUGCCACUAAUGCCCUGCGUUCCAUGCAGGGGUUCCCCUUCUACGACAAGCCCAUGCGCAUCCAGUAUGCUAAGACUGACUCGGACAUCAUUGCCAAGAUGAAGGGCACCUUUGUGGAGAGGGACCGCAAACGAGAAAAGAGGAAGCCCAAAAGUCAGGAGACACCAGCUGCCAAAAAAGCUGUUCAGGGUGGGGCAGCUGCCCCCGUGGUGGGCGCUGUUCAGCCUGUACCGGGUAUGCCACCGAUGACUCAGGCUCCCCGCAUCAUGCACCACAUGCCAGGUCAGCCUCCUUACAUGCCACCACCUGGCAUGAUCCCGCCACCGGGCCUUGCUCCUGGCCAGAUCCCGCCUGGGGCCAUGCCCCCGCAGCAGCUCAUGCCUGGACAGAUGCCGCCUGCCCAGCCUCUCUCCGAGAAUCCACCCAAUCACAUCCUGUUCCUAACCAAUCUGCCUGAGGAGACCAACGAGCUCAUGCUGUCCAUGCUUUUCAACCAGUUCCCUGGUUUCAAGGAGGUGCGUCUGGUCCCCGGGCGGCAUGACAUUGCCUUUGUGGAGUUUGACAACGAAGUGCAGGCUGGGGCAGCACGAGAUGCCCUGCAAGGCUUUAAGAUCACGCAGAACAAUGCCAUGAAGAUCUCUUUUGCCAAGAAGUAGCGCCUUCCCCCAUGGGGCG